AUGGCGGCUAGGAGUUUGCUCCUAUGCCCAGAAGUAAACGUCUAUGAAGGUAUUCUGGGCGAGGGAAGCCACUCAACCGAAGAGGCGCAUCCGACAGUCUUAGCGGUUCUUAGGGGAUGCUGCUCCGCCCCAGAUUAUUGCCCGGUGACCUGCGGGGCUCUAAGAGGCUUAGUGGAGAGUCCCAAGAAGCACGUGGCCCCGCUGCACGUGGCCAAGGGUCCAGGGUCGGCUGCCGCGGGGGGCUUUGGAGUAGAUGCGAGGCCCGGGGCCCAAAGGGGGGCCCAGCCCCGGGAUCUCCGGUCUGGGGGACCGGGGACAAUGGGCAGAAGCUCCCCCGAAGACCUGGAUAACGGACCGGCCGUUCUUCCUCAGGGCAAACUGUUGAGGGACUUGGUGGGUAAUCGGCGGCGCCCUUCUUCUGGAAGGGACGGCAGACUAAAGCUCCGAGGUCUCUUCUUGCUACGGGCCUUUCCCACGCCCCAAAGGGAGGCCGGUCUGGCCAGGCAUCCCGGGCUGGGCACGCGCACCGGUUUGAAGAGCAGCAGCGGCUGCCGAGCAAGGAGCAGCGGCCCCGCCCCGCCGUCGAGCCCAAGUCCCGCCCAGGCGGCGCCACCACAGCCGCUCACUCCAGCGAUGCCGCGGCAGGCGACGGAGCGCCUUUCCUACCGCCCCGGCUCGCGGGGCGCCCGCCUCAGCCUCUUCCACGUGAAACUGACCGACUCGGCCCUCCAAGCCUUGCUCGCCUACCAGCGGUGUCAGGUGGCGGCGCCUCGUCCCGUGAUCGCCUUCCAGGGCAGCCAAGGGUAUCUGAAGGUGCCCUGCGGCGCCACUGCAGGCCGUCGUGACCCACGGACUUUCCGCUUCACCUUCUACCUCUCACGCUAUACGAAGGAGCAGCCGCAGGCCAGCUUCGAUUGCGUCCGCCAGGCCAGUACCAGGUGGCUGGAGGGUAGAGGAGCUAUCCAGGAGAAGAUCACCAUCUGUGCCAUGGUUGUGGAGGCCUCCCAGUCCAGAUGGGGGGUAGAGAGGUCGACCUGCCAUAGGGCAGCAGCUGCGUUCCCAAACCCAGAGACUGGCGCCCUCCUCCCAAGGAAAGCAGCCUCAGAGAGCCCCAGAGGGAAAGGCAAUGAAAGCAGUCCCCCAGCCAAUGAGCCCCCAUGGCCACCAGUGCAGGUGCUGGACGGAAGCGACCAGAGGGCUAAGAGGCUGUUGGGCUUGUUGGAGAGGCCACAGUUGCAGGCUGAGAUGGGGCAGCUGAGCCCCCCAGAAAGAAGUUACAGCUUGAAAGAAGACAGUCUGCAACCUAGAAAGGAGGCCUGGACAGGUGCUCUGCAGCAGCACCAGGAAACAUCUGAGCACUUGCGCAGGAAAGAGGCCCAGCAAGCUUUGGCCAAGCCCUUCCCAAGCCCUCCAUCUGAAAAGUUUGCCCCUUCUCAAGGUGGUAGUCCUUUAAGAGCGAGACUACAACCUCUCCGAGCUGCACUUGGGCCAAGAUCCAGGAGAUGGCAGGGGCCUCACUUUACAGGAGCCGAGAGCAGCUGGUGGGGACGCAAAAUGCAGCCUGCAGCGGCAGUGAAAAGCAGGGCCCAGACCGAUUGCAGUGACAUCAUAGGAGAGGUUCAGAGCUCGGAUGAGGAACCUGAAGCAGGAAGUCAUAGAGCACCAGAGGUUGAGUGGCCAGGGGAAGAGGAGAGGCAGGCAGACCAUGCCAGCACCUCAGAGGAAAACCUCAAAUACUACUUGAAAUAUGUCCCCAUUUGCUCAGUAAAGCAGUACCGAGCCUACCAGGAGGACUUCAGUGCAGACUACACCACAUACCGCCACCUCCAUGCCAGGAUUGGGAGUGUGAGCAGGAGGUUUGCCCAGCUGGGCACAAGGCUUAGGCGAAUGCAGCAAGGAACCAAGGAGUACAAGGUCCUAGAAGAUCAGAUUUUGCAAGAAUACAGGCACUUCAAAAAGGUGAGGAACCCAGGCUGGCAUCAGGGAGGGGGGGUGCUUUCUUUCCUCCUGGUGGCUGAACUGUUUCCUUCUCUGCAGGUGUAUCCUAACUACCAAGAAGAAAAGAGGCACUGCGAGUAUCUGCACCACAAGCUCUCCCACAUCAAGGCUCAAAUCCUAAACUUUGAGCAGAAUGUCUCUCCGGCUGGGCAGAGGGGCUGUGGCGAGAGGAGAUGAUGAGGGCAGCAUCACCUGCAACUCCUCACAGCAAGCACAGGGGGGCUCUAGUGUUUCACUGCAACUGCUUGCUCUUGGAGUGAGCUUUGUACAGCUUAAGAACAGGCCCGGCUUACAGUACGUUCCUCUUAUGUUUUGGUCCAAGUCUGCUCUGCAACAUCUUGCUAGCUGAAAGCAAUUUGAAAAGAAUCACUUAAAGCAGGCGAGGGUGCUCCCUUUUCCCAGUCCUUCUGUAGCAACUUGUUUGUGGCAGCCUAAAGUAACUUCAAGCUAUCCACAACCAGAGCAGCCAUCUUUGGCUUGAAACAAAGCUGUGCUUUAGAAUUGUUUCAUAGUCAGCAAGUAUAUUCUUGUGCCUUAAUUGGAAAAACUGGAGUGUGGGUAGUCUUGCAUUUUUAGGUAGGACAAUCUCAAUAUGCUAACACUUAGCUUGUCCAACUCCAGUUGACAUUUGUUCAGAAACUCACACCCAAGGCAGUAGGAACUUUGCUAGAAACAUUUUCUUCAAGGAAUACUUUAAUCUUGCCUGGCUUAUGCUGCUUUGUUUUCAAAGUUUCUAGUGGCUGCAGAGACAGGUCUUUGUCACACAGGCUUAAAGCUUGGCACCUACCACAUCUCUCAGAGACUCUCCACAUGAGAAGUUAUACAAAAAAUUGCAUUUUGUGAAGAUCGUUUAAACAGACAUGACAUCUCCCUUCACUUCGUAUCAAUCAGUUAUGUUAUCAAUCUGCUACAUGUUCAUUUGACAAUGCUGCUUAGGCCCCUCUGCAGAGCUAGGCUAUCCCAAGCUAAAAUCAACAUGCAAAGUUCUCAAGAACAGCUGAGUUGUUCAGUAACUUCUAUGGGGAACGAA